AUGUCGUACCUGCUGCCGCACCUGCGCUCCGGAUGGGCGGUAGACCGGGCCAUCGUCGCCGAGGAGGAGCGCCUCGUCGUGAUCCGCUUCGGCCACGACUGGGAUGAGGCCUGCAUGGUGAUGGACGAGGUGCUGGCCGGGGUGGCCGAGACGAUAAAGAACUUCGCGGUGAUCUACGUCGUCGACACCGCCGAGGUUCCCGACUUCAACGCCAUGUACGAGCUGUACGACCCGUCGACGGUCAUGUUCUUCUUCCGCAACAAGCGCCUCAUGGUCGAUCUCGGGACGGGGAACAACAACAAGAUCAACUGGGCGAUGAGAGACAAGCGGGACUUUGUUGACAUCGUGGAGACUGCCUACCGAGGAGCUCGUAAGGGUCGUGGUCUGGUGACUGCUCCCAAGGAUUACUCCACCAGAUAUCGUUACUGA